AUUAAUGCCACAAAUAAUUUCACCAGUUGUGAGGAGGAAGCAGAAGGUGAUGACAUUUAUGUGCUUAUGUCAGGCCCAGCAACUCAACCAGCCAUGACAUUAAAAGCCAAGCAGAACACAAGAGAUCAAUAUGGAAUUGGAUCAAGAUGCCAACAAGAAGCUGAGGUGGAUGAGGAAAAGAAAGCUGAUGUAGAAGGCAGUGGAGAGGAGGCAAAACAUGAAGAUCAAGAAGAGGAGGAUUCAUACAGCUUUCACAGCAGUCGUGACAGCUUGUAUGCCAGCAUACCUGAUGAUCUUGAAGAGAACAGAAGAAACUGCUUUUUCUCUAAGGGGCCACCCCCUCCUCCCCCUCGAAACCUGCCUGGCAUCCUAAGACAGGACGAUCUGCACAAUUUAUUGCAAGAGAGGAAUUUUGCGGAGGACAGAAGUGAAAGAGAAGUUGGUGACAAACUUGUAACAGCAUGCUACAGAGAAGACCAAGAUGCUUGUGAGGGAGACAGCAACAGCGAGGAAGAACACCCAUAUGCCUUUGCAGAACCGGAUGAAUCUCUGUACGAUUUCGUACUGGCUGAGGAGCAGGAAGAGAAGAGGAAAGAACAUGGGUCCUUUAUCAAGAACAGGCCGCCAGCCCCUGCCCCUCGUUCCAUGUGUUUGCCAGUCAGAGAGGAGAACACUCCUUAUAUAGUACAAGUGUUUCAGCAAAAGGCCUCUCAAGUGUCCAGUGACAACGUCAGGAUGUACUGCAGUGCCAGAAAGCCCGCACACGGAGGCCACACUGACACAGUAACUUACAGCACUGUGAAAUGCAGCAUCCCUGCUGAGCAGGAAGAACUCAUUCACUUGCAGGAAAAGGUGAAGAAGGGGGCAAUUUCUAUGGAUGAAGCCCUUGACAGAUUUAAACACUGGCAGAAUGAAAAACAGAGACUACAGCCCACUCAGCAG